UUGACGGACAGCAUCGGUGUUCGUGUGUGUUUGAAUCAGUGGACUCUGUAGAAGUCAGUGGAAGCAGAGUCGAGGACUUUGUUAAUGAAGAGUUAGACAAGUUUCACGGUUUAAUGGCAGUAACGUUGGAUUUAGCUGUGCACCUGUGGAGAUGAUACAGUAAUUUCAGUGAACAACUGUGAUGGCUGACCUCCCGUCUGGACUGCUGGAGGCAUGUGUUGUGAUUGGGGCCCCCAUUGAUAAACUUCGAGACCUUCAUCAGAAUCAUCAGCAGACAAAGUUAAACGAUCACAGCUCGCUAGAAGCGGAGGUACUGCACGUCCACGCACCCCCCUUUGUUACCAAGGAGACCAACUCUAGCCAGGCGAUUGGUCCGGCCUUCAGCCGUGUCCAGAGGAGGAAGAGCUUUAUUAAGAAGAAGAGGCGAGAUCGUGCUCCAGAGCCUUCAUUAAAUGGAGACACAGCCAGUCGUGCAGAAGUGUCGACAGCAACAGAGGACAUCAGUGUUCCAAAGGACCUGGACCUCAUUGCUUUGCCCCAGCUAUGUUUCCCUGGUGGUCUUCAGUUAGCCACUGAGCAGAGGGAAGACAGUUAUCACUUCCUGGUUUUUACCGACUUGUUUGGGAACCGGACCCAUGCCGUUGUUGUGCAGUAUUACAGAGCAGUGCAGUCCUGUCAUGAAGGCGUUGUCCAUAACGGCCACAGAUGGAAUUCAUCAAAAGCUCGUCUCUACGCGCCCUUUGCUGUGUGUGUCAUCUCCAAGUUCCCCUAUUACAAUGCUCUAAGAGACUGCUUGUCAUGUCUCCUGGUCCAGUUACGGCCUGCAAGACAAACAGACUUUGAGGAAACUAUCAAGGAGUUUUCCGCCAAACUCUCACUGGUCCCUUUACCGCCUCCUGGACAGCUACAUGUGUCCUUCAGUCUCCGUCCUCUCCACGUGGUUCUUCCGUCCAGAGACGAUCAGGACAGUCCAGUGAUCGACAUCGACCUGCAUCUGCCUUUCCUCUGUUUCACACAUGCAGCUCUCCUCCAGGUGCUCUCCUGCCUUCUCCAAGAACAGAGACUGGUCUUCUUCUCGUCGGACUGGGCUCGACUCACUCUGGUUGCAGAGUGUAUUCUGUUGUACCUGCAGCCUCUAUCCUGGCAGCACCCGUACGUCCCCGUCUUAGCCAGAGGAAUGUUGGACUUCCUCAUGGCUCCCACUGCUUUCCUGAUGGGCUGCCACAUCAAUCACUUUGAAGAAGUUGCUGCCGAGACAGAAGAUCUUAUCUUGGUGAAUGUUGAUGAUGGCAGCAUUCAGUCGUCCUGGUCUGAAUCCAUUGACCUGCCGUAUAUUCCUCAGGCUGCAGCCGAGUGCUUUAUGUCAAGAGCCGAGGCUCUUCAGCUUCAUUAUGACCUGGAACUGUGUCACCUCGGAGCGGGCACUGAUGUCAACACCCUGCGGUGCCAACGCCGGGACUGGCAGAGACGACUGAACACACAGAUACAAAACAUUGCCCUGGAGCUGGUGGUCAACAUUUUCAGAGGCGUGCAGGACUUUUUGAACCAUGAACACAGAGUUUUUAACAGUGAGGAGUUUCUGAGGACCAGGGAGCCAGCAGACCAGGGCUUUUACAAGAAGGUAUUAGACACUCAUAUCUUCCACUCAUUCCUGCGAGACAGGCUGAACAGGAAACAGGACACCUUCAGUCGCAUGGAGCAGAAAACACGUAACAAUGCACCCAGGAAUCGAGCAAUGACCGAGUCUCCUCGUCGUCCUCCCAUGUCUGAACUGUCCAGAAGUGGCUACAACAGCUACACUAACCCCAGUGACAGACUGAGUAAGAGGCUCGGAGCCAGUCUGCCUAACCUGGAGCAGUCUGCUAACGACACUGUGACCGGCAUCAGCUGCAGCCGGCCAGCCUCCCUCAGAAAGAUGACUCCUGAUAUUGGGUUGAAGUUCCUCCAGAAGACAGUGAAGGUUUUCCGUCUCCCAGAGUUCCCCCCUCCUCUGGCUUAUCAUUAUGUACAGAACUAUUAUUCCGACAUGGUGGCUUCACUGGGGAAGGCUAUUAGUGCUACACCACCUGAGGAGUCUGCUCUCCUGGCGAGGUAUCACUACCUGCGUGGUUUGGUGAACACUGUGUCCAACAAGCGUCUGGAUGCAUUGGAGGAUUUCCAGAGUCUCUAUAAGACAGACUCGGAUAUCUUUCCCUCUCAGAUGGUGAAGUCACUGGUUGACUCUAUGCCAGAAAGUGAACGCUUACAGGCAGACAGACGUCCGGAGCUCAAGCGUCUCAUCAGCCGAGUAAAGCGGGACCAGGAGCGGGAGCGAGCGCGCCACGGAAACGGCCCAGAGGAAGGUGCCGUGAAGCGCUUCCAGCUGCCGAAGAAAUACAUGCCGCUGGAGGAGUUUGUGAAAUGUGUCCAGGAGUCUGGGAUUGUAAAAGACCAAGGGACGAUACACAGACUCUUCGAUGCUCUAACUGUUGGUCAUCAGAAGCAGGUCGGUCCAGAUUUGUUCAGAGUGUUUUACACCAUCUGGAAGGAAACUGAGGCUGAAGCACAGGAGGUGUGCUUGCCUGCGUCCGUGUUGGAGCACAUUGAACCCAGCGAAUGUGUCUUUAAGCUUUCCACUUCGGUCAAAACGAGCCGCGGUGUCGGGAAGAUCGCCAUGACCCAGCGCCGGCUCUUCCUGCUGACCGACGGGCGUCCGGGAUACGUGGAGGUGGCGCAGUACCGUGAUUUAGAGGAGGUGAAGGUGUCCUCGGCUCCGUUCCUGCUCCUGCGGAUACCGAGCCUGAAGCUACGUGUUCGCGGCAGGAAGGAGGCGUUUGAGGCCAAUCUGAAAACAGAGACUGACCUCUGGAACCUGAUGGUCAAAGAGAUGUGGGCCGGUCGCAACAUGGCUGACCAACACAAGGACCCCCAGUACAUGCAGCAGGCCCUGACCAAUGCCUUGUUAAUGGACGCAGUCGUGGGCAGCCUUCAGAACAGUAAAGCCAUCUACGCUGCCUCGAAGCUGGCUCACUUUGACCGCAUUAAGAUGGAAGUCCCGAUGAUGGUUCCCAAGACGACGGCAGAAACGCUAAAGCACAAGAUUAACCCUUCGCUGGAGCUGGCUGCCCCUCAGCCUGUGGAUGUGCUUUUAUACACACCAGGUCAGUUGUGGGUGUCUGUGAGCGGAGGGAAGGUGAUGGUAUUUGACGCUUCCAGCUGGUCCCUCACACACACCUGUCAUGUUGGGAAUGCAAGGCUGAACUGCAUGCUGGGAGUUGACAAGGAUCAGGUGUGGAUGGGCUCCGAGGACUCGGUUAUCUACAUCAUCAGCAUGGUGGCCAUGGUGUGUAACAGACAGCUGACCGAGCACAGGGCAGAAGUCACGGGACUAUCGCUGGACACAGACAAAUACAGCCAGAAGGUGGCGUACUCCUGCAGCGUAGAGGGAACCGUGAUGGUGUGGGACGUGUCGACACUUCAGGUGAAGAGGCACUUCCGUCUGUCCUGUGAUCGUCUGCUGUCUGUCCACAGCUGGGGCAGCACGCUGUGGUGCAGUUCCAGGGACAGUGUCAUGGAGGUCUGGAGGAACGGUUCUCUGAAACAUCGUCUCCAUCUGCCAGAGCAGCAGAAAGGAUCCACAGCUACAUUCAGCUCCAUACUGCUGUUACCUGAGAGGGAGCAGCUGUGGAGCGCGUGCAUAGACUCAGGAGAAGUGUGUAUUUGGCAUAUGAAAGACCAUACCAAACCGUUCCACCGUGUGACGCUGCAGGACUGCACUGGAUGUUACUGCAUGAUUAAAGUGAAAAAUCAGGUGUGGGUUGGUGGUGUUGGCCGCAGCUCUGCCAAAGGAAAGAUUUACAUCCUGGACACUGAGCGCCACCAGGUGAUGAAGGAGCUUCACGGCCACUGCGACAAGGUGACGGCGCUCUGCUCGGCAGAGGAUCGCUACGUCCUCAGCGGAGCUGGCAAACAUGACGGAAAGAUCGCCAUCUGGAAGGUGGAGUAGACGCGUAAACACCGACAGGAGGAGGACAAAAAGUAACUUUUCCUCGUUGUCAUGUGACUUGUCAAAGAAACCCCCGGUGGAGAAAAUCAAACUCACAACCUCGACCUGCCGCUGCGUCACAGAAAUAUGAAGGAAUCACAUGUCAGUCGUAUGCGUUUAGUACUAACAUGUUAGGAAUAUGAAGGAUGAAUGAAGACUGAAAAAGAAAAGUUAUUGACUUUACUGAAGUUUCUUAUUUAUAUCACAGGUAUAGCAUACAUCCUGUUACUGUGCACCUUGUUAUGAUCACACGAGUGUUCUGUGGGAACACUGUGUGACUGAGCCUCGCCUCCCACUGUGUAUGCGAGGUGAAUUCUCCAGCUCGAAAUACCUUGAAAAUAAAACUUAACUUAAAACAGAGGGAGGUCCCCCCUCAAGAGCUUAUUUUGAUGGAAGUUAUCCUUUAAAUUGAAAACAUACAGAGGGAGUGUGAUGAAAUACUGUAAAAGCAGAUACAAAUGUUGACAUGUGAUGUGAGAUGAAGCAUGUUUCAGAGAAACUCCACAAAGUCCGGCAAUAUCUGGAAUUUUUCAACAGUUAAAAACCCACACUAACCUGACAUUACCUUUCAACAGUGCUUCCAUUUUUCUUCUCCAUUUAGUAUUUUUUUAUAGUGUUUUGAACCAGUUGCCUGUGCAAAGGAAGGAUUUUUUUUUAUUAUUGCUAUUAAACUGACAGGAUGUGAUGAUCUGAACAUUCUGAACACAACACGUCCAAGUCAGUGGAUGUAAUAAAGAAUGUCAUUAUUUAUCACACAAGCCAUAAAAUGCCCCCGACAUAAUGUUCUGUAUCUAUUUAUAAUCUGUAAUUACAGUGUUAGUGUUUUGUAUAUUAUCAAAGUGAAAUUAGGCAGAGUGGUUUUUACACAUUCUGCACAUACAGUAUAUAAAAACAUGUUACAGCAUUAUAGCGUUGGAAAGAAUGUGUGAAUAUGUGUUUUUUACAUUACUAAAACAAUACUCACAUAUUUACAGUGUCUGGGAAACAUGAGUAUGUAUUUCUGUGCAAUCACUCAAUUUUUUUUUCCACUUUAGUUAUUUUUUUUCUAUGCAUUUUUUGUAAACAUGCACAAUAUAUAGUUUUAAUGUCUUUUAAGAACCAGUUUUAACCAACAGUGAACAAAUUCAAUAUAUUAUUUAAAGUAAGUCAUGGGUUUGUCUUGAUUUUCUGCCGGAUUAAGUUUCAAAUGACUUUCUAGUGAGAUUAUUCAAACUGAUACAUCUCACAAGAUAGAAAAAAUAUGCAGUAAACCUUUUUUAAUUUACAUAAUCCAUCUUUUGAAUCACAGUAUUUGUACUGUAUGACUUUAAAGAUUGUUGUGCACUUCUUUGAGUUCACCAAAAGGGGGCAUCAUUUGUUAAUUGUUAGUUUUAGUAGAAGACAGACAAUCAUAAUAUCAUUUUUUUUU